AUGGGCUUCAACAAGAUACCGGAAGUGAAAAGAGAGGAUACGCCUUCUUCUUCAUCAUCCGAUGAAAGUUCAUACUCCACCGGCACACUGGCAAAGAAAGAGGAUAAGCCUUCUUCAUCAGUAGAUAGAAGUACGUACAUCACCAGAACACCAGAAAACAAAGAGGCUAAGAAAUCUUCCGGUCCACUCGCACUCACCCUACUCCUUGAGGACGGGUCAAAGCAUGGCGAGAUUGAUUCCUCCGCGUACAGUGAGAGAACGCUAGCGGUUUUGGAGCAACAAAUAAAGAAGUGUAAGAAUAAUAUGGAAGGCCUUAAAAAGGAGAUGAACACUCUAAAAGAGCGACAGAUAAAGGAACGUGAGAAGCAGAUGAAAGGCCUUCAAAAUGUGGUGACCAAUCUACUGCUGAAGGUGAGAGAGCUUGAGGCCAACGACAAGACCCAUCUGACUCGCAAGGGCAAGGCCCACCUACUAAUAGAAGCUGCAAAGCCAUCAGCUACAGCUUCCAAAGAGCAAUUGAUGAGCGUUGACCAGCUUCCAAAAGAUUCGAACAUAAGGAAAAGAAAGAGCUCAGAUGGUGAUCAAAGUCCUGGGAAAAGGCAAAAGAAGUAAACAGAAGACGACCAAAAGAAAGAUGAACGGUGAUGAUCGAGCAACAAAGUGGGCCACUAGGUGUGCCUGCUUGAUUGCACAUUGGUAGUGCAUGUGCGCGAGAUCUGAGCCGAUCGUCAAAUGGUUCCUAUUAUGUAGAUGCCAUGUCUUAAGAAUCAGACUGAUCUGAUGAUUUCACAUGUGAGAUCAGUAAAAUAAUAAACUGUUUGGAUGACGGCCAAAUACCAUUAAUUUCUGUUUUAGCUGUUUUUUUUUCUUCUUUUUUUAACAUAAGGCAACGGUUAUCCAAAUGUAAGACAUGGUCAUUGUUAAAGAUGUAUUGUGUAGUGGUAAAGUAGAGGAUUGGAUGUUAGGAAAACGAUGCAUAUCCAUUGAUAAAUAGAAAAAUACAAGUGUGAUGCACUCAA